AUGUCCAGUGGCACUAAUACAAGUUCUGUGGUGGAAUUUAUUUUUGCAGGGCUCACCGACAACCCUAAACUUAAUAUUUCACUGUUUAUCCUGUUUUUGCACAUUUACAUGAUAACAAUGGUGGGUAACCUUGGCAUUAUUGCUAUAAGCAUAACCAACAAACAUCUUCACAAGCCAAUGUACUGGUUUCUGAGCCACCUUUCCUUUGUGGACCUCACGUAUUCUUCAGCGGUCACUCCUAAAAUGUUGAGGGACUUUUUAAGUGAAACCAAGACCAUCUCUUUUCUUGGCUGCGCCAUACAGAUGUACGUUUUUGUUUGUUUUGGAUCCAGUGAAUGUCUUCUUCUAGGAGUCAUGGCCUACGAUCGCUAUGUGGCCAUCUGUAACCCAUUGUUGUACAGAGUUCUCAUGAGCAGCAUGUUGUGUCUCCGGAUGAUGGUUGCGGUCUAUUCUGGAGGAUUUGUGAACUCUCUUGUGCAAACAACCUCUGUGUUCCAUCUAAACUUCUGCAGAUCCAACAUUAUUGACCAUUUCUUUUGUGACAUUCCACCGCUCUACAAGCUCUCUUGUUCUGAUUUAUCCAUAAACCUAGCUGUACUACUUGUUUGUGGUGCUGCAAUCUCCCUGAGCUGCCUCCUACUCAUCCUUGUCUCAUACACCAACAUUGUCCUGGCCAUUAUGAAGAUCCGGUCAGCCCAGGGAAGAUACAAGGCUUUUAACACUUGUGCUUCUCAUAUGACAGUUGUCAGUAUCUUCUAUGGGACCGGCCUCUUUAUGUAUUUUCGACCAUCUACAAGCUAUGCCCUCCAGCAAGACCGGGUGGCUUCAGUCUUCUACAGUAUAAUUAUACCUAUGUUAAACCCUUUGAUAUAUAGUCUUAGGAAUGCUGAGGUUAUAAAAGCUCUAAAGAAAAGCUUAAAACUAACUUAAA